AUGAGGCGCAGGGGCUAUUUGGAGAUUAUGAUUCUUCCAGUUGCGUCACAGAGAUUUGAGGAGGCAAUGCAAAUGGGAUCUGAAACAUAUCAUCAUUUGAAGGCUGUUAUUGCAAAGGAAUAUGGUGCACAUGGAUGUUCAAAGUAUGGCUUAGAUUUCAAAUAUCCGCGAAGGUCGGGACAAAACUUUAAAUCAGGAGAAGAUAUGAUUGAGAUUUAUAAGGAACUAUGUAGAGACUAUCCUAUUGUGUCUAUAGAGGAUCCAUUUGACAAGGAGGAUUGGGAACAAGUGAAGUAUUUUUCAGGGCUUGGAAUUUUCCAGGUGAACCAAAUUGGGAGUGUGACAGAAGCCAUUGAAGUUGUGAAGAUGGCAAAAGAUGGUAAUUGGGGUGUGAUAAAAGCUUUAUCAGGCGCACCUUGUAGAGGUGAGCGCUUAGCCAAGUACAAUCAGCUUAAUCGGAAGUCUUCAUUAUUUGAACCUUAUCGAUUUGUUUUGACUAUUUGCAAGGAUUUAAUGAUCUCGAGCCUGACGAAUUCAUGGAAAUUACUAAGAUCUUGAAUAAGUACAAAUCAGAUCUUGCAAGACCUUUCGAUGAAGCAAUCACCUUUUUGAACAAACACAACUCAAAUGAUUGAAAGGUCAGGAGUUUGUGUUGCAUCUGAUAUAUGGAGUGUUGGUUGCAUUGUAGUCAAGCUACUUACUUGUGUGCCUCCUUACUAUGAUCUUCAACUCAUGUCAACUCUCUUUAGGAUCGUUUAGAUUUGGAAGAAUGCGUGGAAAAUAUUGAAAAUGUGAAAAGUGAUACAUUGAAGAAAAUAUGGAAAUCUUGACACGAAUACGCUUUGAAAUUUUGUAGCAUU